AACCCGCGCCGAGUUGUCUGACGGGUCCUCUGGCUUCAUUCACACGCCCCGCUCUUCCCAACAUUCCACGACGGUAAACUGUCGGAUUCAGACGUAUAAAAGCUCCUUGCUUUAAACCACCAGGGCUUGGAUUUUUCUUCAUUUCCAAACAGUUUCAAGGAGAGAUUCAACUUCUCUUAUCGGGAAAGGACGCGGAAAGGGACUUUUAACACCAGGUCGUCCUCGAGUUGACCCAGAACAAGCGUGAAAUUCCCAAGACGUCUCAUCAGAGCUCAGGUUUCUUGGGACGACAGGCGAUUACGAGGCGACAUCAGCGAUGCGACACAGAAGAAAGGACGGCCUCUCACCUUUCCUUCUACCAGUUUUACUACUGGUGAUAGUCAACUUGGCGAGUUCUGAAAUAUUCGUGGACAAGGGCGGUUUCCUGAAAUGGCAGCUGUCUCAGAAUCCGGUUCUAGCCGGCGCAGAGGACAAGUUGGAGAUAAAGUUCAAGGCGUGCAACGAGAGAGGACUGCUCAUCUACCAGGCCGGGCAAGCGCAGAACUUCUUCUCAAUGGGUGUUUUCAACGGACGGAUUUACAUAGAGGCUUCGCUCAGUGGACAGCUUCUUGAGAUGUUCAUAGGAGACGAGAACAACCCUCCCGUCCAGCACAACCAGACUCACGUUGUCGUCAUCACCAACAUGAGGGAGCACCAUCUCGGACAGAUGACGGCGGUCGUCGACGGCAGCAACGCCCCCUUGUCGGUUCUAACGGACGUGCAGCCAACGCUGUCCUUCUCGGACCCCAACCUGUUAGGGAACACCUUUAUCGGCGGGUACAAAGAAGUCAAUGACUUGAGGUUACAAUCCGACCGUCUGUACAACUACCCAAUCGUGUGCAUCUCCUACCUGUAUGUUGGAAGUCCUUCACGAGAAGUUGACCUAACCUCCACUACGGAGGGCACGGGUCAGAACGUCCCGACAUGCCCUGUCUGCGCCCCGCCCUCCAUUGCGACCUUGAGAAGUUCAAGGUCAUACAUGAAGGUUGAAGCUGACUUGCAGCCCAGAUCAGGAACAACCAUCAGCUUCAAGUUCAGGACAAAGGCUAAGAACGGUCUGCUCUUCUACUUCGGAGGCCCCGCUUGGCUAGUGGUCUACCUCAAGGAUGGGAAAGCUGUGUUGAGGCUUAACACUAAGGGAAGCGGCGCGGAUCAGAGCUACGAGUCUACCAACACAUUUAACGACGGACAAGAGCAGGAGCUGUUCAUCGAACGUGACGCCAACACCGCCACCAUGAAGGACCGCGCUGGCAAUAUCAUCGGCCUGGUCACUUUCCAAGGACAGGGAGCCGAUGCGGCCCAUUCGCUCAACGUCGACUCCUUAUAUGUUGGCGGCUUCAAAAACCCCGCCACCGACCUGACAACCGAUGCCAAACAGUACAUCGAAGUGACGGAGUCCCUGAGGGGGUGCAUGGAAGAAUUCCGUUUCGUGUCCUACAGUAGCGUGGAAGAAACCGCCAAUCAGAUCGACUUCAAGACUAAGACCAUCGAGAGCAGGGAGACCACCUUUGACCAGUGCCACGAGCUCGACACCUGCCUGUUUAAGGAGUGUACCGGUGUAGGACAGGUGUGCAACCUGGGCGUGUGUGAGUGCAAACCGGGGUGGAACGAACAGACACCCGGGGCCGACCCGCUCGUCUGUAUCGACAUCGACGAGUGUGAAUCAGACCCGUGUCAGAACGGAGGGACAUGUAUCAACCUGGAGAACUCCUACAGAUGCCAGUGUCCCGAGCAAUACAAAGGAGUGAACUGCGACACUGAGCGAAACUGCUACAACUUCCCGUGUCAAAAUGGCGGCACCUGCAUCGAGGGCACCUCUCCGACCCCUAGCAUCUCCGGUAGGAACUGCACUUGCCCCCAGGGCUUCACUGGCGUGAGCUGUGAAGAUGACGUAGACGAGUGCAGCCUCCCGAACAACUGCGUUGUGGGCACGUGUAGGAACCUGGUGGGGUCGUACGAGUGCACCUGUAAGGUGGGGUACGACGGCUACCUGUGUCGUAACGUGAUUGACAACUGUGCGAACAACCCGUGCGACCCGGGCACCUGUUUCAGCUUUAUUGGAGGAUUCAACUGCACAUGCGCAGACGACCCGGAAGCCAGGAUUCUCAACAGAAAAGACUGCGGAGCGCUCCGAGUGUCCGGCCCUGUCAGCAUCUCUCCGUUCGCUCUGGUGGCCAUAUGUGUCUGCCUUCUGAUCCUACUCAUCCUCGUGAUCGUGUUCGCCAUCUUCCGCCGCCGCUACGUCCGUGAGAAGAAGAGGGCGAGUCUGAACUACAUCAGCGCUGACGCCGAGUCUCGCGAGAACAUUGUGAAGUACGAGGAGGAGGGGUACGGCGAGGAGGAUCAGGAGGCGUACGACAUCAACGCACUGCGGCAGAACGCAACUAUGACCAGGGCCUCUCCUACAAGCAAGGUGCCCGACUCCAACGAUGUUGGUGAGUUCAUUGACACCAGACUAGACGACGAGGAGUUAGGAGACAACCUGGGCGCGCGGGACGAGUUCAUUCCGUACGAGGACGAGGGGGAGGGCUCGCUGGCGGGGUCCCUCAGCUCCCUCAACUCCAGCAGCUCCGGCGGGGACCAGAACUACGACUACUUGAACGACUGGGGACCAAGGUUUUCCAAACUCGCCAACAUGUUCAACGAAGGGGAGAGUGAAGACGACUAGCGUGUAUAGAACUAGAAAUGUUUGUUAUGGAAGACGUUUGAUAUUUUUGCUCGUCUUUUGUCAGAGAUAUUUAAUACCACUGGCUUCUGGCUCGACAUACCUUUUACACUGUACUUCACACGUAGAAAAUAAGCCAGUGAUUCUGAUUGGUGGUCAAAAAUGUACGUGACGCAAUCACCAAUCAUAAUUGUGGUACCUUAUUUCUUCGUUUUAGGUUAGCAAAUGUGACAAUACACGAAACCCGUUUUAAACGUGGAUAUUUAGGUAUGUCUUGAAACGACAUAGGAUGUACAGUUUUUUUGUACACAUUGCAAUAUUUCUUGUAAUAUGGACACAAUUUUAUUAUUGGGACAAGUAGUUCUACAGUAAAUUUCAUCGUUGUUUUUUUCUAGCUUCACGUACAAGAAAACAAAUAGGGAUUUCCCUGUUUACAAAAAAAAUAUCAAAAUUUCAACAGCUACCAAAGAAUAGAACAUAUUCAUCAGACUGCUUGUCCCACGAAAAUACAAACAUGUCGGACGUGCAAUCAGUUUUGCAUAAAGAUCUGCUAUUUUUGUACUAAACGAAGCGAGUUCGCUUCUUUGCACUGCUGUGUAAUCGUUACAUGUUCGCGGGUGUAUUUAUACCAAACUUUCCACCCAAACGACACAAAAAGAAAACGGUUAAGAAAAAAGAAAAAAGAAAAGUUGAUGGAACCAAUACUUGACGCAUGCUGAGAUAUCAUGUCAUGUGUCAUUCGUCCAACUCUGUCCAUAGAUGAACGCAGACAAAAGCAACACAUUCCGUUGCCUUUAAGAUUUCACCGCAUCUACACGAACACCCGGUGAUGUUAUAUGUUAUAUUCAAAAUAUGAAAUAAUUCGUUUCCCAUGACGCCUGAUUGAAAUAAGUCAACUCUUAGAUGACAGACAAUUGUAUAUAGAUAUUCUAGUGGAUUUGAUAUGUAUUUUUGUUGUUAUUUGGAAUAUCAUGGUGCCUAGCGUUGGUAAAAUUUUGUACUAGUGCUGAUAGAAUUUUAAGCUCACGAUCAUGUGCAUUUGAUUGCACAAAUUUUAGUACAAUUUUUAUAGGUAUUUGCAAUUUGAAACUUCGAGCAGUUAUUUAUGCUUUUAAGAGCAAUCUAGAGCUUUCACAUGACUAGCACGCUUUUUUUUGGGAAAUCUAGAAAUGAUUAUGUAUAAUGAUUAAGUUUGUACCAGUGCAGCUAAAAACGGCAAUUAACUUUAUUGGAUAUUGUUAACUAGUCGGUAAAUAAGCUUUUUUUGUGGUAUUUUUACAAUAUUAAUCAAGACACAGUAACCAUUGGGUUGCAUCUACCGUUUUAACUGGGGCUCGAUUGUACAUAUGUCUAUAUAUGGUGUCAGAGAAUCUGUUGAUCAGAUUUGAAUUCUGUCGCUCACUCUCUCAAACUCUCGUGUGAUGCUGCGAGACUUGACCCGUGUCACGUGACCUCGCAAUCUUUCUAACAGACGUACGGGGCUUUUCUGUCGUACGUACGUGGCAUUUUCCAUGACGUUUGUACUUGUAAGAUUUUUGCACCUUGGCUAAAAGGGACCAACAAAAUGUACAGGGAUUUGAUGAUAUCCAUGAACUGUGAAAAAAAACAGCAAAAGUUCAGUGGUAUGAGCUCAGUCAAAAAAUACAACAACUGUAUUUUAAAGUAGACGUGUUUUACAUGUUUCUUAUUCAAAAUAUUGAGAUAUAUUUGACUUCAAUUUGGCUCAUGAAUGUAUAUGCCAGUACCUUGGUGUUUUCAUCAACCAUUGUACAAUACACAUAAUUGUACCAUAUAAAUAAGAUUGUAUUUGACAAUGCUUCAAUUUUGUAUGACGUAAGGCUACUGACUGAAGCUCAUUCAGACAUGGAUAGAAAAUUUCGCUUUGCUCUGAACUCGAGCAAACUAUGGGACGAUUCACUGUCAAUGUGGGCGGAUAUAAUUGCCAAUGAGAUGUCUGCAUUUGGGGUAAUUCUUUGAUUGCGUUCAACUGCUAAGUUGCAUCCGCUCCUGAGGCGUCGCAAAAAAAGAUGUCGAAAAAAUGUAACAAAAUAAUUUUAGUUUUUAGGGGCUCAUCACCUUCCUUAAUUGACGUUGAAUCGGCCCAAUAUUUCUGAUAAUGGCCUUAAGUCGAAGACAAUCUACUCCAAAACUACGCAAAACGACCACAAUGAACAUCAAAUAGUGGCAUGUUUGUAUCUGUAAAUAUGGAAUUUUUGUAAGCCAUAAGUAAAAUACUGAGGCGUGUACGUAAAGAUUGUCACUUUUAGGUGUACAUGUGACUGUUUGCUCGGUAACAAGAGAGUGUUACACUGUAACAUAGGGUUUUGUAAUGGUUUUGCUACCGUUAAAAGAAUAGGGCUGUGUUUUUUGGUGUUUUUAAACAAGAGAGCUUGUAGAAUUUGGGAUUCAGGUGUACAUGUAUGAUAAGUGUUUGCAGUCCUCGCUGUUCUUUCAAUGCAUAGUAAUAAAGGCAAGAGCAAGUGUGACAUUUUCUACAA